CAAAAGUGAGGAGAACCAAAGAAAAUCUAAAGCCUUCUAAACCUUUCAGGUCGACCUAUCUAUCAUAACUAAUUGAACAUCUUCGAUUGCUGCCCUAACACUCAUAUCAACAACAUGCCUAAACUCGUCGUCGUCGUUGGUAUCACUGGCACCCAGGGUGGUUCUGUUGCGGACGCACUUCUCCAGGACCCCAAUUACCGAGUUCGGGGUUUGACGCGCAAUACAGACAGUGAUGCUGCAAAGACAUUCGAGAAUAAAGGAGUUGAGAUCGUCGCGGCCGACCUCAACGACGAAGCCAGUCUUGUCAAGGCUUUCCAGGGCGCAUAUGCAAUCUUUGCAAUCACUAAUUUCUUCGAACCAGCUAUGCAGCUCGGAAUUGAGGGUGGGAAGAAAGUCGAAUUCACCCAAGCGACCAACAUGAUCAAGGCAGCGAAGCAAACGUCUACCCUGGAGCAUUAUAUCUGGAGCACUUUGCCUAACAGCAAUACCCUGUCGAAAGGCAAAUUCAACGUCCCUUUCUUCGAUAAUAAAUCAUUGGUAGACGAUUACAUUCGACAAGACAAAGAAUUCUUAGCAAAAACCACUUUUGUCUAUUUUACCUUCUUCUCAUCGAAUGUGUUCUAUCCAGUCUUCGUUCCAAUUCAUAUUAAAACUGCCAACAAAUAUAUCCAAAUUCUUCCUGCUGAUGCAAAAACUCCAAUUUCAUCUCUAAGCGACGCACGUCAUAAUAUUGGAAUUUUCAUCCGGUCCAUCAUCAAAAAUCCUCCUAAAACUGGCGGUACCUACGUUCUGUGUAACGUUGAGGAUCUUACACUGGAGUCGUAUCUCGCCAAAUGGGGCGAAGGUACCGGCCUAGCAACCUCACAGGGAUCAACAGAAGUUGUCGAAAUUUCUCUCGACAAGUACCGUGCCAUCUGGCCCGGUUAUGGAGAUCUGAUGGGCGAGAUGAUUGCCUUCUGGGCUGAUAGUCGUGAAAAGAGCUGGACGACACCUCUGGGGACGGCGCCGAUUCCAGUACAGGGACUGAUGACGGAGGAGGACAAAAAGAAAAUCAUGAGUACAGUUGAUGCUUUCAAGAUGACUACUGCAGAGUUCAUUAAGGUGGUUUAAAUUGAUGGAAGGUUUGUAUAAAAGGGACUUAGUUGUCCGCAUUAAGUGUUAGUUG